AUGAGGGAGCAUCAAGAAAGGGCUGAUAAGAUACCGGGCGCCCCGAAAUUACUACGAAAAUGGGACGUCGGUCGUUUCGUCGAACAACUAUACAAUGAGGAGGCAUCCCCACAUGCAAUACCCAAAACCUUCAAGAUGCCGCCAUAUUUGAAGAUAUAUGACGGCACGACAGAUCCCGAAGAUCACAUCAUUCAUUGCGUCACAGCAGUAAAAGGCAACAACCUCUCAAAAGAGCAAGUACCAUUAGUGUUGCUGAAGAAGUUCAGUGAGACCUUAACGGGGGGAGCCUUAACCUGGUACUCACAAUUACCAAUACGCUCUAUAACAACGUUUGAAGAAAUGGCCAACAAGUUCGUCACCGCCCACGCCGGGGCUAAGAAGGCGGAAGCUAGGGUAAAUGAUAUAUUUGUCGCUAGGCAAUCGCCUAGCGAGGGACUCAGGGACUUCCUCGUUCGGUUUAAUAGAGUAAGAAUGAGCUUACGAAAUGUAUCAGAAGGGAUGGCGGUGGCAGCUUUUCAAAAUGGGUUGAACAGGAAUGGGUUGAGAGCGACCAGAAAGUUAUUAAGUAGGCUCAUAAAAUACCCUCCCACCACUUGGGAAGAAAUUCCCAAUGCUUACUGUGCUGAGGUGAGAGCAGACGAGGAUGACCUUAAUGGUCCAACCCAACGGUUAAUGUCGGUCCAAACAGAAUCGAGGAAAGACCAUCGUAAUGACGGUCGAAGAGAUCAGUCAGGUCCACGCCUCAACCGAGACAGGCAUCAACCCUAUGUCAGAACAGCCAUCCCACCAUCUCCUCGCCAUGCUGAAAGACCGUCCAGGCCGCAUACAGGGACCAUCGUUAAUGCGCACAACUUUUGUGUUUCCCCUUCAAAAAUAGUGUACGCACUAGAAAAGCUCGUCCCGAAGGUGAAGUGGCCACAAAAGAUGAAGUCCGACCCAAGUACCCGAAAGUCAAACGUUCUUUGUGAAUUUCAUCAGGAGCAGGGUCACAAAACCGAGGACUGCAUAGCCCUACGGCAAGAAUUAGUGAACAUGCUCCACCAAGGGCACCUAAGGGAGCUAAUGAGCGACCGAGGAAGAGCCAACUUCGGCUGCGGACGAGAACAACACCAAGGCCUUCCAAAACCACCAUCCCCCGCUUGCACUAUCCAAAUGAUCAUCGGCGGGGGCAAUGAAGCAGCAAUCAACCACGUGAAAUUUACCACCACACAUAAACUGAAGUAG